AUGAAGGAACAUCCGCAUUAUUAUCUCCAGACGCCAGAAUUCCUUCUUCUCCGCACGCUUGCUUGCUACCAAUGUGUUGGUCAACAUUACACGGCCAGGUCAUACUUCCUUCAUCCACUUAGGGGUCACGAGAACGGCUGGUGGCUUCCCUGGAUCGUUUCGGCUCGUGGAGAGGCUUUCCCAGUCGGGGUCGCGGCCUACGCAGACGACCUGAAUCGGAGACACAAUGGCUCGAAAGGGAUACGCAAAGUCAAGUGUGAUGAGACCAAACCGACCUGCAAGCGCUGCACUGCUACCGGCCGGCAAUGCGAUGGCUACAGCCCAGUAACCACCUCGUCAGCAAACAAAUCCGAGCUCCGCCGCUACCGGCCACACCAUGUCUUCCCAGGGGCACACGGCGUCGGUGAGGGCAGGGCCUUGCAGUACUUCUGCCAGGUAGCAGGCCCUUACAUGUCGGGUGCGGUGAAUCCCCAUUUCUGGUCCAAGCUGGUGAUGCAGUUUACCAGCUUCGAGCCCGCAGCACGUCACUCCGUCAUAGCCAUAAGCACUCUCUGCGAACGAGUCCACUUCCAGGAAGAGAUGGCUGAAGAGCUCCGCUUGAAGGACGAACUUUACGCCUUGCAACAUUACAAUGCAGCAAUACACGACCUCAGGACCAUGACCUCAGCUGAGCGAAGCCCCGUUGUACUGCUUGCUUGUCUACUUUUCAUAACCGUCGAAUUCUUACAGUCAAACCGUGACGGAGCGAUCAAGCACUGCAAGCACGGAUUUGAACUUUUAAAAAUUACAAUUAGAGACUACGCCUGGACUAAAGAACACUUACUGCCCCUGUUUCGACGGUUGAGCAUCUUCGCGUUUCUACAUGCGGUCGAUCCUAAGGACUUUCCCGAUCUAGAAGGGCUUGAACAUCCAGUUCCAAGCAGCUUUUCAACAUCUUCCGACGCCCGAAUAAUGAUUGACGACAUAUUCAGUCGCACCAUGCGGCUGGUGCGGAAUGGCGACCCUUAUAGAAUACACCCUGAAGAAUACCAACUUGUGCCGCCUAAUCUACUCGUUGAGCAAGCCAAACUCGCAUCAUCACUAGAUCAGUGGAAAAUCCUAUUUGACGAGCUCGAGGCCCGUCCUUCAUCGCCACCGAGCGACUCUGUGCCCGGUCUAGAGACUCUGACAAAGACGUUGCAAUACAUUCUUUUAUCACGCUACGAAUGCUGCAGGAUAUGGCUGAAUACGGCGUUCGGCGACGGAGGGUACGACUACGAAAAUCAUCUGGCGGCCUUCAAAGCAAUUUCCACGGAUGCAGGGAUUGUGGAUCCAGAGGUUCUUGCAACCUUCGAGGGGUCUCCUUAUUUCACAUUCGAUACCGGCUAUCUCCCUUCAAUCUCACUAGCUGCAACAAGAUGUUCGCAUUUGGAGACGACGUUAAAGAACCUGAGGUUGAAGCCGCUUCCAGGUCUUCCAAGGGAGAACAUGUGCCUCCCCGCCCAGGCCGGAGUUUGCAUGUGCGAAGCGAGACCAACACCUUCACCGAACCAAACUAGUGCAGACCUUGAGCGAUUUGAGAUUGUUGAUUGA